GUAUGCUUGAUUCAUAGCAGAGAUUAGGAAAGCAUAACUUGACAGGAAAUGUGAGCUUACUCCUUUCCUGUAGAAACUGAAUGAGACUGAGUUUUGGGGUUUGCAUGGUAUUUCCCCACAAUCUGAGUGUCUCUGAAGGCAGUGCAAUAUGAAGAAGCACAAAUGCAAAAUAUCAAACCUCAAAUACUUAAAUAGUUGGGAUUUCGUUAUAGAAAUUACUUGGUGAUGAAGAGUUGCAACAGUUAGCAGGUAAUACUGCUUUUUGGGGGACAGUCCCCUUAACAGAAGGGAUUACUUGUAGUACUGUCAGUGAUGACUGUAUUAAAGGAAGGGUACAUGUACGUGCCUACAGGGAGUGUAGAUCAUGUAUGUUGGCAAGUCUGCUGCUGUUGAGGAAAUGUGUCUUCAUAGAUCAUGUAGAGAAUAAAGAUAUAGAAGUGUAUUACAUCUAUUGUAGUCACAAAAAACCUCCUGUGUUUUGCCACUGAUAGUACUUGCUAAAACAUGGAGAAAAUUAGAGUGAGCAAGAGACUUAGUGAAUGGGGAAAUGGAGAACCAAAAUGAAAUGAAAGGUCUGUGAGAAUAUGUAUAGCUCAACUGUAAAACCCCAAGUAAUUAAAGCUGUCUAUCAUUCCUGCAUGGAGAAAAGAUAGUGGGAUAGAAGGAACAUACUUGGCACCUUUUCCAAACUCCACUGGUAACUUGCUGUUUCAGUUUGGGCAUGCAGACCUUGUCAUCCUAGCACAUUAAUCCGAACCUCCAUGUAAGUACUGAGUAUCAUUCAGGUUGGAAUUUGUUGGUCCAAGCUCUCAGAGCUCAUUUCUAUAUGCCUCUUAUGACACACACAUACUGUCUGGAGUGGUAACAAAUGCCUUGCAUUCUGUCUUGCUGUUCAUGAAAUGGAGCUAGUAACAUCUUUAAUAUUGUUAGGUGCCAAUACAGAUUAAAAUAUAACCACAUUCUUUCAUGCCUAAUGGGCUUUCAGAAUGUCAGCAGGAGAGUCUCCUACCAUUUAUUCUUGGCUGCUUUGCUAAUGAAUUUUAACUGCAAACCUGAGCACUCCAUUGCCAUCUUCUGUACCUGUUUGGGAUUACUUUGGGUUGAACUGUGUGAUCUAUCUUGCAAGGAAAAGUAGGGUCUGUCGUAAAGCCAUUGUAUUACAUUGGGGAUCAGACCUAUUUCUAUGCUAAAAGCCUGUCCUCAGGCCUUUCUAGCCCCUUUCAGCUGCUUAAUUUGCAGUGAUGCAAUGGGGCAAAACUUCAGGGGAUUCCAGCAUAUCUAAAUCUGGUGAAUGUUUUUAGCCGGAGUUGUAAGUGGAACUGUUACUUUCUGGGCACUCUUCCAUUGUAAUGCAUGAAAACGAAGAAAGUUUCCUUCAGCUAGUAAUCAGUGCUUCCUUGUCCUUGUUUCAGGUGAAGAAAUGAGCCAGCGCUGCACUACAAGAGCAGACACAGUCUGUGUCCCCUGUAGAGACGAAUACUUCAGUAGUGAGCACAAUCUCGAGUUCUGCCACGUUUGUACAAUCUGCAACACUAGAAAGGGGAGUGUGGAAGUGAAGAAGUGUGAGAAGACCUCUGACAGAAUUUGCAAGUGUCUGCCAGGUUAUAUGCCAGAUACCAGCAACACACUGAGACAUGAAUGCUUACCAUGUCCUGAAGGGUCUUAUUCCAUAGGGGGUUAUGAGAAGUGUCAACCUUGGACCAACUGCAGCCUUCUUGGGAAAAAGACUCUUCGACCAGGGACAAAAACAGAUGAUGCUGUUUGCAGCAGCCAGGUCAUACAGGCAACUGCCUCUCAGAGUACAACACCUGUUUUGAACCUUUCCACCACACACCACAAGAACAAUACAUCAACUGCAGUGUUCUCACCAUCCAGACCCAGCCUGAUUCCUUCCAUUUGUUCGGAUACAAACAGCCCCAUGGAGACUAACUGGGGGUCUGUAUCACUUAUCCUUAUUUGUCUGAUGUUGCUCAUGGUGAGUGGAACGGCCAUCCUCCUGUUGAUUAUUCAAGCAGCCAAAAAGAGGAGGCCUUAUAGAAACAACCAUAAAGAAGAAAACAGCGUUCGACUUCCUAUCCAGGAAGAACAAAUUGACUUCAAUUCUAGUCUCAUCAAAAACUGACUCCACGUUCUGUUACUGUUUCCUGUGUUUCUGGGCCAAUGGAUUGUAGUAACACAUGAUGUGUCAGUGUUCUGUGGCUGGAUAUGGAGGGGGUGUAGCUGUUUAGUGGUACUUUAUAUCCUCUGGGGCUCAUUGAGUGCCUCUUUGGUGUUAGGAGCCAUGGGAGAAGCUGUUCUUGGUGGAAUGAUGUGAUUCUUUCUCUUGGGCAGAUCCUGUGCACAGCAUCCCUAUUGCCAGGACUGAGUGGCUAUAGUCCUCUGUGCGUUUCGAGCCAGUUCUGUAUAUAAGGAUAGGGAAUUGUCUUUGAAUUGAAUCAAGUAUUGAGGAGGCUGUAAGAGCUGAUCCUUGAGAAGACAGAAAACAGGGAAAGCCAAAGACCUGCCCUUAUGACUGAGUUUAUAUCUUGUCUUACAGCUCUGAGAUGCUUAAGCAGAGCCUGUCUCUCGUUUCUCAGUAUAGGUAUCUGCAGUGUUUCAGCUUGGUUCCCAAAUAAACUUUCCUUACAUUAGGUGAAGAAUCUCCCCUGAUGAACCUAGCCAGGUUCCUUUUUGCUUCCAUUUCUUCAGGUUAUUCCUUCUUGGUCAAGUGGAGUAGCACCACAAUCCUGGUGCUAGCUGUUGAGUAACUCUUGAGAGAUGGCUGCUCAAUGCCACUUCUUUCUUCCCUGCAAUUCUUCAAACACCCAUUGAGAAAAUGUCAUGUUAACAUAUUGAACAGCAUCCCCACUGUCAUCCCAACAAAUGGAAUUACUCAUGAUCACCAAGUAGCUUCAGAUCUUCAUGUGUGUAUAAAGUAGAAUAUGUGGAUCGCCGGAAGGCAAAGGGAAUGGUAAUUUUUGAUGAGAACAUUAGUAGUGGAAACUUGUUCAAAAUAGGAGGAAAGGUGGAGUGCUCAUUGAAUACAGGUAUUUUAUAUAUACAGGACCAAAGCAUAUGCCAAAAUAUGCAGCAGAAAAUGUAUUCAAGAAUACAACUGGUGUCUACAAACAUGUUGUUAAACAUAUGUAUUCUUAUAUGUUAUACAUAUGGUAUACUUAGCAUUGAUUUCCUAUUUUUG